CUCCAGCACACGUGGCUGUCACCUUUUUCAUUGGAGGACUUAUCUUAUAGAUAUUAAGCAUCCCCACACGCUGACAUGCAGAAUAUUUUGGUGCUUCCGGUCACCCCCGAUCCUCAAAUGGCUUCCUUACAGUAUUUCUUCUUCUUCUUCUUCUUCUUCUUCUUCUUCUUCUCCUUUCCGCCCGUAGCAUCAAGGAUCAUACUCUGUGAAACUUUAUAUUGCGGUGGAAUUGGCCCUCCCGUUCAGUUCCCUUUCAGAUUCAAUGACCAACCGAAAGCUUGCGGCUAUGCCGGAUUCGAUCUCUCAUGCACCAACCAGAACCAAACAAUCCUCACCCUCCCUCACGCCGGCGACUUCGUCGUCCAAAAUAUCGAUUACUUGGAGCAAACAAUAGAUAUCACCGACCCAGACAACUGCUUUUUCCGACGGACCCUGCAAAACUUCACUCUCUCGAGCCUCUCCGGCUCCCCUUUCCGGACCGACUUUUUUAGCUGGAACUUCACCUUCUUAAACUGCUCCUCCGACGUGACAAACAUGUCUAGGUCUUGGCCGAUUCCUUGCCUUAGCGGCGACGGCUUUAACGUCUCGAUGACACCGACCGCUUACGAUGGUACUUUGCCGCCACCGGCGUCGUGUAAAGCAAUAUUUACUGCUUUGCUUCCGGAAAUGUCGCCGUUACAGUCGGUCCAGUUGGCUUGGAGUGAGCCGAGUUGCACUAAAUGCGUAGCGCGUGGUGGAGACUGUGUGCGCAGUGAUACGAGCCUCGAUGUUGAAUGCUUUGUCAACAGUCCAAGCAGCAACAUUGGUGGUCUUCCAAGGAGUGCCAAGUACGGCAUAAUCAUAGGCGUGGGAAUACCCGGACUGCUGUGCAUCAUUGGGCUCUCAUGUUACCUUUGUGGCAGAAUCAGGGUUUAUAGACGUAGACACCAAGCCAAUAUGGAACUCACUAGCAUAAUCUCGCCGCAACAACAGAGCGUCUUUGCGAUGGGUCUCGACGGGCCAACAAUAGAAUCGUACCCAAAGACACUGCUCGGUGAGAGCCGACGAUUACCCAAACCUAGUGACAACACUUGCCCCAUAUGCUUGUCUGAAUAUCAGCCUAAGGAAGAACUGAGGACUAUACCGGAGUGCAAUCAUUAUUUCCAUGCUAAUUGCAUAGACGAGUGGCUAAAAUUGAAUGGAACGUGCCCUCUUUGCCGGAAUUCGCCUGAUGGGUCGGCUUUGGUUACACCUUCAUCGACGUCGUCAUCGUCUUUGUCGUUGGCAUCUUUAUGAUCAUCAUAAACUAUUGUGAAAACAUUGUAUAUAUAUAUUAUUUGUUCAAGGUAAAUUGAGAGAGAUUUAUCUAUGUUACAAAGGUAUUGUGUUGUUCGUGUUUUGUGCUUGUAAGCAAGACACAAGCAACAAGUGUCACACAUUUUCAAUUACGUACUGAGACACUCUUGCUUGUCAUACUAUAUUAUAAAUAUGU